AUGGCCGGCGCAGACAACGUCGCGACCUAUUACCUUUACUCAAUGAUCGCCUCAUCUCUGUCGAAUUUGUUAACGAGAGAGAAGUUCAUCCGGGAGGCGAUCACAACGACCAACAUCGCCAGCAGAAACGCAAUCAUCGCAGCCGACUUCUCAGUGUGGAUACCUCACGCCCUCCUAUUGUUCAAGUCAGGGAAGUACAAUGCAGGUAUCGAGUUGAUCAACCGAAAUAUUAAGGCUACGAGGGCUCGCGCCAACAAGAAGGAGCUCGAUGCAACGCAUAACACCUUUAAACAACUGUUGGCCUCGGUGGAUCAAAUUCAGAGUUUGAGGACGUCGUCCAAAGAGCACAUUAAAUCAAAGAUGAAACUCUUGACCAUGGACAAAACGUUGGAGCAGCUACCCAUCAAGGUGGUGUGGGAGGAUGAUGCCGAUGGUCCAAACAAUGCCAGGAAGCUCUUAGCAUCCAAAGACAUACCCAAGGGCACUGUUCUGAUGCGUGUGGCACCAUUGGCAUUAACUCUUAGUGCCAUAUUUGACAAAUCUGCAUGUGCUACCUGUUUCAUGUACACUCACGUAUCCAGUAUGUUGUUCCGUAUUGUUGUUGUUGUUGUUGCUGUGUAG